AUGGCCCGCUCCCCGCCGCCGCCGCCUCCGCACGGCCUCCUUGGCCUCGACCCCUGGGUCUUCUCCCCGGGCUGGGGCUGGGCCGGCCACGCGGACUCCACGUCGCCCGCCUCGUCCUCCUCGGACUCGUCGGGAUCGUGCCCCUGCGACGGCUCCCUCACCUCCUCGCAACCUGUACCCGCGACCCGCAGUGCCCGCGCCGCGGAGCCGCCCGCGACUGCGCCCGGACGCGCGCGGCCCGGACCCGCAGGAGGACCGCGGCGCAGCGCCAGCGAGCGCGAGAAGCUGCGCAUGCGCACGCUCGCCCGCGCCCUGCUCGAGCUGCGCCGCUUCCUGCCGCCGUCCGUGGCUCCAGCAGGCCAGAGCCUCACGAAGAUCGAGACGCUCCGCCUGGCCAUCCGCUACAUCGGCCACCUGUCGGCCGUCCUGGGCCUGGGCGAGGACGGCCUGCGGCGGCGGCGGCGCCGGAGAGUGGACGCGGCGUCCCCGCGGGGCUGCCCUCUGUGCCCCGACGGCGACGGGGUGUCCUGGGGGUCCCCGAGAGCCUGCCCCGGGCGCAGCGCUGUGCCCGGGAGCCUGGGGAGCAGGGUCUCCGACGCAGAUCCCUGGGAAACAACCCCUUACUGCCCCAAAAUACAGUCGCUCCCGCACCAGCCCUUGGGGAGAGCCCCCGACACCGCUCUUUGGAUGCCCUCCCAGGCCUGCACCGGGCCGCAGUCAUCCCCAGAGCCCGCGAGCGUCGCCGUGCCCUGGACGCCGCCGCCUGCGCCCUCUGAGCUGGCAGCCGUGUACCAGGGGAUCUCUGCGCAGGACCCCUGUCUGUCACCGGGGAGUCCACCCCUCCUGGCCCGCCCUUCAUGCCAGAGACUUCAGCCUCACACCCCAUGGGGGUGUUGGGGCCACAGUGCAGAGGUGUUCCCCAGCUCAGAGCCCCAGGGACCUGGGCCUGCCCUCCAGCCCAGUGAUGUGAACCCUGCCCAGAGCUCAGGCCUGCGGCUCAGCAGCUGCCCUGAACUUUGUCAAGAUUUGGAGGGGACCCACCUGGAUGUCUUCUACUAAGGACCGUGUGGAUGCCCUUUGCAGCCUGAAGUCAGGCCCACCAUGUGGACUGGUCAUGUGCUUCUUUGGGACCUUUUUAAGUUUCCUUUUGCCAAGGAGCCCCUGUUCUAUGCAACGCUUAC